CCCGAUUCCCGAACCACCAGGUGCAAUUGGUAAGCUCAACCAACGCUGGAGUCACGAUAAGGUGACUGUGGUGGUAUAUGUAUUCGUGGUAUGGACGAUGCUUAUUUUCGGCAUUCCACACCGGUUUUGACACAAGCCGUGUAACAUCUGCGACCGCUACUGCACUACUCGGCUCCCCAACAAAGUCCUAAAGCUUAGACUCAAGUCGCGUCUACGCCCUUAUCUACACCGCGUCGCACUAUUACUUUUUCCCCCAACGUAUUUAUUGUCUGUCUCUUUGCCUCAGUUUCGUUUCCCGAAUACCCUUCUAGUCGCUUGCCCAUCGCUUUCACCAUGAGUACCGAAACAAUCCUCAUUCUGGGCGGUUCCUACGCGGGAAUCAGCGCCGCACAUUAUGCUCUCAAGCACACGAUCCCAUCUCUUCCAAAGAAGGACGGAGUCACGUACAAUGUCACAAUGGUCAACCCGUCAAAGGACUUUUACUGGAGAUUUGCUGCACCGCGGGCGUGCGCUUCGUCGCAUAUGAUGCCGUCGUCCAAGAUCUUCUAUCCCAUUGAACCAGCCUUUACAUACGCAUUCCCCAAGUUCAAGUUCGUCCAGGGCACUGCUACACACGUGGACCCUGCGGGUCAGACUGUUUCUGUCACAACCGCCGAUGGAGCGCAGACGUCGAUUCCUUAUGCAGCACUCGUUGUUGCGACGGGAUUUACCACACCGAGUCCGUUGUUCACACAAACGACCGAUGCUGCUGCGCUGGAAUCGACUUAUAAGGCUUUCCAAACGAGCCUCACGAGUGCGACUUCGGUCGUCAUUGGAGGAGGAGGUCCAGUUGGCGUUGAGACAGCAGGAGAGAUCGCCGAGCUCCUGAACGGAAAGCCUGGCUUCAUGAGCGCCGCACUCAAGAAACCGAAAGUGAAGGUCACUCUCGUAUGUGCCGACAAGAAGAUUCUGCCCGUACUCCGUGAGGCUAUUGGUCAGACAGCGGAGACGUACUUGAAGAGACUUGGAUGCAACGUUGUAUACAACACCAAAGUAGUCACAUCGACUAAAUUUGGAGAAGGAGAGCAAUCGAAGACAAGGGUAGAGCUGUCAAACGGUGAGACAAUGGAAGCGGACAUCUACAUCGAUGCAACCGGUUCCCGACCUAACACAGGCUUCCUCCCCAAGGAAUGGCUCGACAACCGCAACCGCAUUGCCUGCAACAACAAAACACUACGCGUCGACCAUGAAUCUGCCGGUCCCCGCGUCUACGUAGUCGGCGAUGUGGGCUCCUACACGCGUGGCGGCGUAAUGGAUCUGACUGACGCGGUCCCCGUCGCCAUGACAAACCUAAAGACGGAUCUCGUUGCCCAUCUAUCUGGGUCUGCACCUGCGGGUGACCGCCACUAUGUGGAGAACACCAAGGAGUCGCAAGUUGUUCCUAUCGGCACACAGAAGGGUGUUGGCGCGUUCAACGGAUACAGGCUGCCGAGCCAGAUGGUGUGGAUGAUGAAGGGGAGGGACUACCUGAUUGGUAUGGCGUUGGAGCCGACACUGAAGGGCGACAACUUCAAGAAGGAGGGCAAGUGGAUUGCACAGCCUGGCUCUGCCGGCCAGAGGAUUGCAUUGAGCUCAGGCUGAGCUCGAGCGUUGCAUGGCGGUAACCAGGAGGUGGUGUGGAUUGUUGUGUCUUGCGUUUGCAUAUAUCGCGCUGAAUGUGUGAGAAUACCCAUGAGACUGUGUUCUUUGAUAGUAAUAUUAAACUUGUAAUUCCUGA